AUGGCACGCCCUUAUGGCAGCGUUGAGAAUAUUGGCACGGGACAAGUCCCCAGGCUCAAGCGGGCCUACCUCUCCAUGGCCUCGGAGGUUACCUUGAGAAGAGAAGCCAGGGCCAAUGUGACUGAAGAAGACUUGGAGGCAAGUCACGAGCUCUCCACGGAUUUGUCCUCCGAGCCGCAAACGAGUUUCUUGCCCCCGUUCAACACUUUGAAGCCCAACUCACGAGUCACGUUUGAUCAAAAUGUUGUGAGGUUGCCUGAGUCUAGAACUCUGGGAUGUACUGGCAGUGUUGGUGGUGCCGCUGGUGGUGGUGCUGGGACGCUUGAUAGAGGAGGAAUGGUGAUGGUAGCUCCGCCAUACCAAACAAUUGAAAUUUCCAACUUUACCCAAACGCUUUGCAAGGAGUUGAGCAUCAAUCUCCAUGGAACGACGCAACAAGAUGUCUUUAAAAAGCUAUCAGAGUUGAAGAAGCUGGUCAAAGCGGCGCAGUAUCAGGCAACCAAGUAUUCUGACGACUACCAUGAGGCUGAAGAGAGACUCUUUGCCAUUCAAAAGGAGAAUGCAAGGCUCCGGCAACAGUUGGAGGAAAGUUCAAGCGAGGCCAGGAAAACCGUGCAGCACUUGUUGGCGUGCAAGAAGGACUUUGAGACGCUCGAGGCUGAUCUGAACAAGAAAUUGGAACUGCAAGAUGCGCGGAUCAGCAAGUUGCAAAUUGAACUCGCUGCCAAUGAAAAGAAACUAUUGCAGUUGACGCUGGAGAAUGAAUCCCUCAGGGACAAAGCUGCUGCUAACGCCAGGAACGACGACAAGGCCAAGGUUGCCGAGCUUGAAAAGCGCAACCAGAAUCUCAAGCGGGACCUUGCCGAUCUCAAGGAAAGAGAAAAGAAACUUGGCGCCACCAUUGAGGACUUGAAAAGACAGGGACAGAGUCAGGGACAGAGUCAGGGACAGAGUCAGGGACAGAGCCAGGGCCAUUCCGGUCGCGGUAAAGCUGAUUCAAGCAAAGACUCGUCAAGCGAGGUUCAGCACUUGGAAAAGAAAAUAGCUCUGAACAAGGCCAAAUACGUCAAACGGUUGAAUGCCGUUAAAAACGACUUGGGUGCCGUGAUUGACCAGUUGGCAGUGGAGAUUGCCAUGUUGAAAGAUAUCAUCAAGCUGCACUUGGAUAAAGUCACCUCUACCGAAGCCCACUUUGUCUCGCCGAUCGAGGAGAUAAAAGCCGAGUUGAACAAGAAGCUCUUCAACUCGCCCGGCUCCGAGCCCAACGUCUUGUAUCUCCGUCAACUAUACGAGAACAGAUACAUCAAUGCAUUGAGGGAAAACCGCGAGUACCACGACUCGUACAAGAUCAGUGAAAAGCUAGCCGCCAGUUUGCUCAAGUUCACUUGUGGCUAUUUCGAAAAGUUGAUCCCUCAAAACGAGAAAGUUGCUUAUUUAAAAUUGCUUGUUGACGAAUUGCACAAGAGAAAGAACCUCAAGUCCAACGACUUCAACUUGGUCCAGAAGAUUAUUGAGAUUUUCGACUACUUGUUUUCCGAAGUGCACAUGAAGAUGGUGGAGGUGGAGAAGAAUGCCAUUCCAAAUUUAUGA